UUCAGCUCAGAAUGAAACACACCAUCAUUGUCUUACUGGCUUGUAUGCUGCUCUGCACUGCAGUUCAUGCUCUGCAGUGCUUCACCUGUAAAGAUCCAGCAGACCCCUCCUGUUUAGAACAAACCCUGGAGACCUGCAGUGUUGGACAAGUGUGUUCUACAAACACCAGCAGCUCUCUGCAAUCCUCCGUUGUUAAUACCAGAGGACACAUCAGUUUUAGCAUUUGGGGAGUUGACAUUGAUAUCCGCUGGGGAAAUGACCGUAAAGCAACCGAUCCCAAUGUUGGUUCAAAUUCCAGUAUCAAUGAGAGGAUCGUGAAGGGAUGCAUGGAUGACCAUUUUUGUCAGUCAAGCCCCAAAAUAUCUUUGAAUAUCGGUUUCCAGCAAUUCACUUCUUCAUGCUGCAACUCAUCUGGCUGCAACAGUGACACUUUCUAUGAUGACCCCCACAAUGGACUUCAGUGUGCUUCUUGCACUGAUCCAGAAGAUGAUGUUUGUGAUCAGGCUGUGACCUGCCAGGGAGUUCAAGAUCGCUGUCUUAACGGCACAGUGACAGCUAGUAAUGGUCGGUCUGUGACUCUUCGAGGCUGUGUCUCCAGGAGUCUGUGUGGUUCCGGUUCUGACUCCGGUUCUGACUCCGGUUCUGACUCUGGGUCUGACUCCGGUUCUGACUCCGGUUCUGACUCUGGUUCUGACUCCGGUUCUGUGUCCUGCUGUGAGGGGAGUCUCUGUAACAGAAACAGGGCUAUGAAUGACGCCCAGCCUGUAGCACUUACGCUCCUCACUCUGCUAGUUGGGCUAACAACCACCACACUUCUACAAUCAGUUAAUCAAUGAAUAUCUUGAUUGGGGUUUCUUGUAGAUUUGCAUAUUUUCCAAUGAGGAUUGGCUCUGUGGGGAUCUGCUUCUGGGGAUUUCACUCCCUGACCUACUAGAGUACUGUGGGAUCUGUUGCUUGUUGCUCAUCAGAAGGCGGCUGAAUUGAUCAAUUCUGUAAAAAAAAAAAAAAAAGACUACUUGGUAGUGUUGGUAGUGAACAGAAACUCUUCAAAAAUGUUGCAAUGAAUUUAUUAAACUUGGAGGUUGUGUUGAGUAAAGUAAUGAUGUAAUAAUAGUGAUGUAGUAAUCUAACUUUCUUUUAAUGUAACCUAUUAGGCCGAUACAUAACCUAUUAUACAUAAGGAUACAAUCUUCGCGUUCUUCUUUUCCUGAUCUUUGUGGUCUAGGCCGGGUUACUG